AUGGCCUCGCGUAAUUCUCGCAGAAUUCUGCGACCUCUCCUCUAUACUUCUGCCGCAGCUACUGUCGGUGCAGGCGCGUUUUACUUCUCAUACCGGCCCCGCAACAUUCCCGGACUCGAAGCGCCUGCAGUUCCACCGCCGGGAUACCAUGAAGGCAAACUUGUGCCUCCCAGCUUUCCGAAAAUCAAGUCUCGAUUGGAACAAAUACAAGAUCUCAAACGCAGCUCUUCCGGUGAUGCGGAAGUGUAUGAUCUUCUUGUGAUUGGUGGGGGUGCUACAGGAUCUGGAAUCGCACUCGAUGCGGCAACACGUGGAUUGAAAGUUGCUGUUGUUGAAAGAGAUGACUUCAGUGCUGGAACAAGUAGCAAGAGUACUAAGCUUGUCCACGGUGGCGUGCGUUACCUGGAAAAGGCAGUUUGGGAAUUGGACUACAACCAGUACAAGCUGGUGAAAGAGGCUCUAAGGGAGCGCAAGUAUUUUCUCAACACCGCUCCUCAUCUUUCUAGUUGGCUUCCGAUUAUGGUUCCCGUACAGAAUUGGUGGCAGGUCCCUUACUUCUGGGCCGGUACAAAAUGUUAUGAUUGGUUAGCUGGCUCAGAGGGAAUCGAGAGUUCCUACUUCUUGCCGAAGAGUAAGGCCAUUGAGGCUUUCCCCAUGCUCAGAACGGAUAACGUUCUUGGUGCCAUGGUUUACUACGAUGGUGCCCACAACGAUUCCCGGAUGAACGUUUCGCUCGCGAUGACUGCCGCGCUGUAUGGUAGCACUGUUGUCAACCACAUGGAAGUCACCGGCCUGACAAAGGAUGCGUCGGGAAAAUUGAAUGGCGCUCGGCUUCGUGAUUGUAUCCCUGGAAAGGAUGGUAAAGAAGCAGAAGAAAUCCCAAUCAGAGCUAAGGGUAUCAUAAACGCCACCGGCCCAUUCACUGAUUCAAUUAGAAAGAUGGAUGAGCCCGACGUCAAGGAGAUUGUGGCGCCUAGCUCUGGUGUCCACGUAAUUUUGCCGGGCUAUUACAGCCCUUCCAACAUGGGUCUCAUCGACCCGUCCACUUCUGACGGCCGAGUUAUUUUCUUCCUUCCUUGGCAGGGAAACACGAUCGCCGGUACUACGGAUGCUCCCACGGAGAUCACCGCACAGCCCCAACCAUCUGAAGAGGAUAUCAACUGGAUUCUGUCCGAAAUUAGAGGUUAUCUGGCUCCUGAUAUCAACGUUGGCCGAACCGAUGUGCUUGCUGCGUGGUCCGGAAUCAGGCCUCUUGUGCGGGAUCCUAAAGUGAAGAGUUCGCAAGCCCUGGUUCGCAACCAUCUCAUCUCGGUUUCUCCCUCUGGUCUUUUGACUUGCGCCGGAGGAAAGUGGACUACUUACCGCCAGAUGGCCGAAGAGGCUGUUGAUGAGGCAAUUAAGGAAUUCGAUCUCAAACCUCGUGAGCUGCACAAUGCUCCUGAUAUCAGUGGUGUUGGCGGACGCGGCCUGGUUGCCGACCAUGCGUCACUCGACGGUUCAUGCCAAACCCACCAGGUCCGCCUUAUCGGGGCUCAUGGCUGGUCUAAGACUCUCUUCAUCAAUCUCAUCCAACACUAUGGUCUUGAAACUGAAGUGGCCAAGCAUUUGACAACCUCCUACGGAGACCGCGCAUGGCAAGUUGCCGCAUUGUCCUCCCCAACUGAAACACGUUUCCCUGUCCGUGGUGAGCGUAUCUCAGCCCUCUACCCUUUUAUUGAUGGCGAGAUACGUUUUGCCGUUCGCCACGAAUAUGCGCAGACAGCAGUGGAUGUUAUUGCACGGAGAACCCGUCUGGCAUUCCUCAACGCACAGGCUGCCCUGGAAGCGCUUCCUACGGUAAUCGACUUGAUGGGCGAGGAACUAAACUGGGACACAAGCAGAAAAGACCUCGAGUGGAAAGAGAGUGUACAAUUCCUUUCAUCAAUGGGUCUAGCCCCGAACCUCCUUAACGUGACCCGAGAUCAAGUAGAGGGUGGUAGGGUCAAACAGUUGCUUGUCAGCGAGCGUGGUGCAUUCACAAGAACAGGUGGGUUCAAAUUGGACCCUGAUUAA